AUGUCAGGCUACAGCGGGCGCCGAGCGCCAAAUUUCUCGCAGUACCUAAACGACCUCAACACCAUUCCGUCCCCCUAUGACCAGGCACUGCAGGAGCAGGAGCAGCAGCAGACUUUGUUCGAUGUAGACGCGGAAUUGGCUCUGUUCACCAAUGCGGAAUUCCUCGACUUCGAUCCUGUGGGCGAGCUGCCCGUCGAGAUUCCCGUGAAGUACGAGACGGCGGAAGGAAGUGAAGGAACCGAUAUGCGAAAUAGUCCGGACACAACGACGCCAAUUUCGGCUGGUGGAGAUAAUGUGAAAUAUAUUGAUAUGCUCAACGCACCCACAAUCCGCAGCAGUCAACCAUUACCGUCACUUUUGGGCGGCUGUUCCCUUUUUCUAUCCUUGCUGUCCCUACCAGGAAAGGGUGGAGGCUCGAGCACGUGCUGGACGUGCCGCAUCACGCAAUAUCACGUGACUAGCAUCAUUGGUGCUCCUGUCAACAACAUCCAUGGAUCCAGCAGUGAUCGAUGGGUUGAUCGGCAUGGCCUCUCUGAUGGCCGUGACUUCAACGUCCAAAACUAUUCGUCUGGCUACCCUUCGUCAAUGCUACCAAUACAAGCGCCUGUUUAUCCACCGCCUCAACCUCAAGGCCCCAGCCCCAAUGUAACACCUCUAACCCCCAGCGACGUCAAGCGUUUGAUCACCCCACAGGCCAUCCCCGGCCCGUCCCCUUCCAGCGCGAUAUCGUCACCGACGACCACAGCACCAGCACCAGCGAGCCAAGGCACCAAGCGGAAACAGGAUGCCGUUGUCCCGGGAACCCAAAGCAUCGAUGAAGCCGCGCGCCUCGCACAGGAAGAAGAUAAGCGACGCCGCAACACAGCCGCCAGCGCCCGCUUCCGCAUCAAGAAAAAGGAGCGUGAAAAGAACAUGGAACGCACCGUCAAGGACGUUACGGCCAAGAACGCCACACUGGAAGCCCGCAUCACCCAGCUGGAGAUGGAGAACCGGUGGCUGAAGAAUCUCAUCACCGAGAAGAACGGCGGCGCCCUUGCUGACGGCGAUAUCGCGGGCAUGCUCGACAAAUACCGCACCAGCACGGAGGCGGCGUGAUGGACAGCAAAUUCCGAUCGUCGUUAUCGUCGUUGGCGUCGAGUAGACCUGAGGAAGAGCGGCGCACAUGAGAAAAGAAAAGUACCAAGCUAAAAAAAAAAAAAAGAAAGAAAAAGGGGGGGAAAAAGAGGGGAAAUGUCUAAAAGCUUUUGCCGUCACCAGUCUGGAUUACAUGAGAAUCAGACGGAAACCGGACGCUUGCCGUCAAUCGUCUCCUGACUAACUGAUAAUUUACCAGCGCCCUUCUAACGUGUCAUGUCUCUUCAUGUUUAGCGCAAUGAGGUUCGGGUGGAAGGGAGUGCAAGUGGGAGGCUUUACA